AUGGUGACUUUCAUUUUCGUCUUUUUUCAAUCUCUCUCUCUCUCUCUCUCUCUCUCUCUCUCUCUCUCUCUCUCUCUCUCUCUCUCUCUCUCUCUCUCUCUCUCACACACUCGCUCGGUCUUCUUUCCUUUUCAUGUCUUUCUCUUAAUUUUGAAACUUAACCCUAGCCUUUCCAAAUUGAAAGUUGUAAGCAUUCAAACUGUUUUUGCAUACAUUUGGUUUACCAAAGAUGGCCUCUCUCUCCUCUCUCCCCUCUCUCUCUCUCCCCUCUCUCUUCUCUCUCCUUCUCACCAUUUCUCUCUCUCCCUCUUUCUCUAUCUCUCUCUUAGAUUUGAUGACAUCAAAUUUGAUCUCUCUCUCUCUCUCUCUCACACACACACACUAUCUCUCUCUCUAUCUAUCUAUCUCUAUCUCUCUCUCCUCUCCAUCUCUCUCUCUCUCUCUCUCUCUCUCUCUCUCUCUCUCUCUCUCUCUGACUAA